ACAGCCUGACAAUAGAAGACAACAGAAAGACAGUGAGCCUCCAUCUAUGUCCAUCCCAUCCACAUCCAAGUCGUCCCAGACCGUGUCAACAUGGCAUGGUUUUGGGCAGAAGGUGCGUCUCCUGGCCCCUUACCUGUGGCCCCGGGGCAGCCUGCCUCUUCAGGUAAUGGUCCUGCUCUGUCUGGCCCUACUGGCCAUGGAAAGGGUCAUCAACGUCUUCGUCCCCAUCUACUCCAAAAACAUAGUGAAUAAUCUGUCUGAUGGCAGCAGCUGGAGGACCCUGGCCACCACCGUGUGUAUUUAUGUCCUGCUCAAAUUCCUCCAGGGUGGAGGGGCAGGUACAUCAGGGUUUAUCAGUAACCUGAGGUCCUUCCUGUGGACGCAGGUCCAGCAGUACACCAGCAGGGUGGUUCAGGUCCGUCUGUUUGGUCACCUCCACUCCCUGUCGUUGCGCUGGCAUCUUGGGAGACACACUGGGGACGUUCUGAGUAGUGUAGACCGAGGAACAUCUUCUAUCAACAACCUGCUCAGCUACAUCAUCUUCAGUAUCCUGCCCACCAUCGCUGAUAUAGUCAUCGCCAUCCUCUACUUUGUAUCCUACUUCAGUGCCUUGUUCGGCCUCAUCGUCUUCAUCUGCUUGCUGAUCUACCUCACUUUCACCAUCCUGAUCACUGAGUGGAGGACCAAGUACAGACGAGACAUGAACACUCAGGACAACAACGCCAAGUCUAAGGCUGUGGACUCGCUGCUCAACUUUGAGACGGUGAAAUAUUACAAUGCUGAGGGGUAUGAAGUGACCUGCUUCGAGGAGGCAAUUCUGAAGUACCAGCAGUCAGAGUGGAAGACCAACGCCUCGUUGGCCCUACUGAACCAGACCCAGAACCUGAUCAUUGGCUCAGGGCUAUUAGCAGGUUCUCUGCUCUGUGCUUACAUGGUCACAGAAGGCCAGUUCCAGGUUGGUGACUAUGUCCUGUUUGGCACCUACAUCAUCCAGCUGUACACUCCUCUCAACUGGUUUGGUACAUAUUACAGACUAAUCCAGAGUUCCUUUAUUGACAUGGAGAACAUGUUCAAGAUCUUAACAGAACACAGAGGGUUGUGGGACUGUGGGACCUUGGGCUGUGGGCUGUGUUGCUGUGUGACUGUGAAAGACGAUGUCAGCGCCACAGACCUCCAGUUGACAACCGGCGAGGUGAAGUUUCAGAACGUGUGCUUCAGCUACACUGAGGGGAAUGUGAUUCUCAGGGGUAUAUCGUUCACUGUGAUGGCCGGCCAGACUGUUGCUCUGGUGGGCCCGUCUGGUUCAGGUAAAAGCACUAUCCUCCGUCUGCUGUUUCGCUUCUAUGACGUCCAGGGAGGAUGCAUCCGUAUUGAUGAGCAGGAUAUAUCCAGGGUGACCCAGACCUCUCUCCGCUCCUACAUCGGUGUGGUUCCUCAGGACACGGUGCUCUUCAAUGACAGCAUAAGAAACAACAUCCGGUACGGACGCAUUCCCGCUAGUGACCAGGAGGUGGAGGAGGCUGCCCUCACUGCGGACAUACACUACAAGAUCCUGUCACUACCUGAGGGGUAUGAGACCCAGGUGGGAGAGAGGGGUCUGAAGCUGAGUGGAGGAGAGAAACAGAGAGUAGCCAUCGCCCGUACAAUCCUGAAGGACCCCCGUAUUAUACUGCUGGAUGAGGCCACGUCAGCCCUGGACACACAGACAGAACGCAACAUCCAGGCUUCACUCUCCAAAGUCUGUGCCAACAGGACCACUAUAGUAGUAACACACAGAUUGUCGACCAUCGUUGGCUCAGACCAGAUCCUGGUAGUCCAUGAUGGCCAGAUUGCCGAGAGAGGGAGGCAUGAGGAGUUGCUGUCCCAGGGAGGUUUGUACUCUGCUAUGUGGCUGAAACAGCAGCACAGCACAGCCAAGACAGAAACAUACAACUCUAACCCAGAGGGUCAGCAGGCCACUACUCCCCACCACGGUCCCUGAGCCAGUAUCCCAGCACAGAGCUAACCUACAGCUGACCAGGGAACAGAGGAGCAGAUUGAGCCAGGAUAGAGCUCAACCAUCUGAAGGAAAAGAUUCAACUCAUAUUGUGGCAUUUUGGGCGGGUACGGCAAGGUUCUGAGGCGAGUUUCAAACUUAGCAUCCUAAGGUACAUUACUGCUGCUCCAAGAAAAGCUAGUUACACUAGACGGUAACUUUACAAAGCUAGUUACACUGGACGGUGACUUUACAAAGCUAGUUACACUAGAUGGUAACUUUACAAAGCUAGUUACACUAGAUGGUGACUUUACAAAGCUAGUUACACUAGACGGUGACUUUACAAAGCUAGUUACACUAGACGGUAACUUUACAAAGCUAGUUGCACUAGAUGGUAACUUUACAAAGCUAGUUACACUAGACGGUAACUUUACAAAGCUAGUUACACUAGACGGUGACUUUACAAAGCUAGUUACACUAGACGGUAACUUUACAAAGCUAGUUAUACUAGAUGGUAACUUUACAAAGCUAGUUACACUAGACGGUGACUUUACAAAGCUAGUUACACUAGAUGGUAACUUUACAAAGCUAGUUACACUAGAUGGUAACUUUACAAAGCUAGUUACACUAGAUGGUAACUUUACAAAGCUAGUUACACUAGAUGGUGACUUUACAAAGCUAGUUACACUAGAUGGUGACUUUACAAAGCUAGUUACACUAGAUGGUAACUUUACAAAGCUAGUUACACUAGAUGGUGACUUUACAAAGCUAGUUACACUAGAUGGCGACUUUACAAAGCUAGUUACACUAGAUGGUGACUUUACAAAGCUAGUUACACUAGACGGUAACUUUACAAAGCUAGUUACACUAGAUGGUGACUUUACAAAGCUAGUUACACUAGACGGUAACUUUACAAAGCUAGUUACACUAGAUGGUAACUUUACAAAGCUAGUUACACUAGACGGUGACUUUACAAAGCUAGUUACACUAGACGGUAACUUUACAAAGCUAGUUACACUAGAUGGUAACUUUACAAAGCUAGUUACACUAGAUGGCGACUUUACAAAGCUAGUUACACUAGAUGGUGACUUUACAAAGCUAGUUACACUAGACGGUAACCUUACAAAGCUAGUUACACUAGAUGGUGACUUUACAAAGCUAGUUACACUAGAUGGUGACUUUACAAAGCGAGUCACACUAUAUUUAAUGAUAACACGUGGUGUACGUGGGAAGUUAAAGCAGACUCUGGAUGAGCUGUGUCAAAAAGCCUCAGACCAAAGAUGAUGAAUUGUUGUUCAUCUGUGUGUUAGAGGAAACACGCCAACUGUAACUGUGAAUUCUACUGCUGUUUUAUUAAACUGAUCGUGACGGACAUUUAUUCAAGUCUUGAUCAGUUGCACAUCACCCAUAAGUACAUUGCAAUAAAUA